UUCCCGAGGCCAAAACAGAAGGCUCCGAGGUGUGUCUGUGUGUGGUUGUUCAGGUGGACAGGUGAACGACGACAGGUGACAUUAGAGAAAGAGGGAGAGACACAACUCACGAGGCAGCAGAGAUCAAAACAGUUUUGUAUACCUCUCGUUUAAGACGGAUAUAGGUCUAGUCUAGUGUAAUUCCACGGCACACAGCAUGGGUGACGCGUCGCAAAUUCAUUUCCUCCGAAGUGGAAACUUGGCUCACAAGAAGGCCAUGUUGGGCGUCAAGGCAGUUGGAAAGGUGCCCCCAAAAUCUCGCCAACCAGACCCACUGGAUGCCCUCUUGCAGCAAUCCUUCAACGUCCGCCGGGGAAGCCUGGCGGACAAACUGAAGAUGUUCGACGACGUGGCCAAGAACCAUCAGGAGAGGAUGACAAGUAACCCAUUCCACAGCAGCUUCGACGCGACGAAGGCGCCCAGGAGGCUCUCCAAGGAUGACCCCAAUUACGGGAAGCCGGUGGCGGGCAGCCUCUCGGAGAAGCGAGGUUUGAAAGCGGCCAAGCACGUCAACGCCGAGGUAGUCCUACUCUGCGACAUGAUCUACCAAGAGGGGCAGCAGUUCGAGGACGGGACGGCUGUGAUAUCCUUCGGGGAGCUGUUCCAGAUCUACACCAGGAUCUCCAAUAAGGUAGUAGGGAUGCUUCUGCGCGCUCGCAAGCACGGCCUCCUUGACUUCGAGGGCGAGACUCUCUUUCAGAGACGUGACGACGACGUGCCCAUCACCCUCCUGAAGCCCAUCAAGGCCAUCAGGGACGAACUGAACGCGGACAAGGAGUUCGAACUGGGCGUUUGUCAUAAAGCCACUGAGUGACGGCAGAGAAAUAUCUACAACUCAAUUUUCUCCUCCCCUUUUCGGUAGAUUUCACGAAGACGAUCAAAAAUGACUUCCGAUACCACGUUAUGACCUGAUGAUGCAUUAUUUGUGGGUAUUCUAACGACGUAUUACCCGCGAGAAUACGAUUUGUGUAGGCCUGCUAACGUGUCUUUCAAAGCACCGUGAUUUUUAGGAUAGUUUACGCUGAAUGCACAACGAUACGAUUUCCUGUUUUCUAUAGACGCUUCACAUAGAAAACUAACGUAACCUAACUUGAAUUAUUUAAUUAUUUUUUAAAGCGUGUUUCUUAUUUUGUAUUGUGGUGUAGGUAAAAUGUGGCUAUUGAGUAAGGUAUAUAUUUAUAAUGGAUAUUAUCUUACGUCUUGUAAAUACCUGUACAUAUUAUUACAAAUAUUUGUUUAGGCAUAAUACCAAAUUUCCACUUCCUAAGCUGAAAAAUAAUGAUUCUAACCUUUUAUUUAAUUUUAACUAAAGAUUGCCAAGUUAGUGACCUCCAUAAUGAGAGACGAUGAAGAAGAUGAUUACGAGCUUUUGUUUAUUCGUUGACUAAUCUUCCAAAGGCGCAGACGUCUAGACUAUAACAAUAAAUAAACAGGUAGUUUUGUAAACACGUUUAUGGAGAAGGUCAACUCUGAUUUGAUUAGGAGACACAAAAUAAAAUUACUUUACUUUAAAUUACUACGUAAAUUUAACUUGGAAUCCUAAAGAUUUGUCCGAUGUGGGUGAUAACAUGAUUUUUAUGUGUGAUAUAACGAUUUUUUAUGUAGUAUUCGGUCUGCGCGUAUGGAAAAAACUUAAUAUUUACCAAGGUUGUCUAUACGUACUUAAUUUAAUUAUUAUUAUAUUAUGUUAGUGACGUCGAGCAUAAAGAAAGGUACGUGCAGACGAUUUAGUACAUUUUCAAGUUGAGUGCAAUUCGUCUACGCCUACCUUUAUAAUCAUGCUCAGAUGACAUAGGCCUAAGCAUUUAAAAGUACUUAAUUUUAUUAUGAUUAUUAUUAUAUAUGUUAGUGACACCGAGCAUAAAGAAAAGUACGUGCAGACGAUUUAGUACAUUUUCAAGUUAAGUGCAAUUCGUCUACGCCUACCUUUAUAAUCAUGCUCAUGACAUAGGCCUAAGCAUUUAAAUGUUAUAUAUAGGUGCCAUGCACAAUACUUGAGGUGCCUGUAUAGUGAUCCAAAGUUAACUGCCUAGUAGAUGCCUCCUAACGCUACUAAUAUAUAAUUGGUUUGGUUAACUGCCUUGCUUUUAUAUAAAUGAGCUCUAGUUUAGUUACAAGUGAGUUGGCACAGGUUGUAUUUGAAAAGUUUCAGUGAUGUAGGAUGGAAUAAAUAUUAUUCUGUU